UUCUUGCAAAGCCCUGCUAAUUCUUUCCUUUUCCCAUCUCUUGGUAGAAUUUAGCAGAACUCUCAUUCAGAGGAACAAAAAAUGAAAAGUUUGCAACUUCUUUCAUUUUUGUGGCUUUCUUGUGUCAUCGUCUCAGCAAACACAUAUGGAGGAAAGAAAAAAGGUUUUCUAGCAAGAGUUACUGAAACAGUUUCGAUGUCUCCACCACCUGACCAAGUGCAUUCAAGUGAAGAAAUUUCAAAUAAAGAUCAGCACAAGAUACAGGCACUGGGAUCACCGAGUGAACACACGAGAACAAAGAAACAUCAGAAAAACUUAAAAACCAAAUUUCGACUCUAUACCGAUACGACUGAAGGCGACUGUCAGAUUUUUUUUAAUCAGUUGGAGACUCUUGAGCAGUGCAGUUUCAAUGCCUCUCUUCCCCUGGUGAUGAUAGUCCACGGUUGGUCGGUGGAUGGGAUAUUAGAAAGUUGGAUUUGGAAAAUGGUAGCAGCUCUGAAGGCUCACCACAAACCAGUGAACGUGAUCGUUGCAGACUGGCUUACCCUGGCUCACCAGCACUAUCCCAUUGCUGUACAGAACACACGCUAUGUAGGGCAGGAGAUUGCGGAAUUCCUGGAGUGGCUGGAGGAAUCCAUUCAAUUUUCCAGAAGCAAUGCUCAUCUAAUUGGGUACAGCCUAGGAGCUCAUGUUUCAGGAUUUGCUGGAAGCUUUAUCAGUGGCACAAAAAAGAUUGGAAGAAUUACAGGCCUUGACCCUGCCGGUCCCCUGUUUGAAGGAAUGUCACCAACAGACCGUUUAUCUCCAGACGAUGCAGACUUUGUAGAUGCAAUUCAUACCUUCACUAAACAGCACAUGGGGCUCAGUGUGGGCAUCAAGCAGCCUGUGGCUCAUUUCGACUUUUAUCCCAACGGAGGCACCUUCCAGCCUGGCUGUCACAUCCUGCACGUGUACAGCCACAUUGCUCAGUACGGGAUCACCGGCAUCACUCAAGCUGUGAAAUGUGCCCAUGAGAGGUCAGUUCAUCUGUUCAUUGACUCCCUUCUGCACAAGAACAAGCAAAUCACAGCUUACUGGUGCAACGACAUCAACACUUUCAACAAAGGAUUAUGUCUCAGCUGUAGGAAGAACCGAUGCAACACCCUGGGCUACAACAUCAGGGAGGAAAGGACCCCAAACAGCAGACAACUCUUUCUGAAAACAAGAGCACAUAUGCCCUUCAAAGUGUAUCAUUACCAGUUCAGGAUCCACAUCAUCAAUGAAAUCCAAGGCAAGCCGAUAGACCCAACUUUUACCAUGUCUCUGACAGGGACUAAGGAGGAUGCUAAAAACCUGCACAUCCCAAUAGUUGAAGGUAUUACUGGGAACAAAACCUACUCUUUUCUCAUCACCCUGGAUAGUGAUAUUGGUGACAUAAUAAUGAUCAAGUUCAAAUGGGAAGGAGCUCCAGUUUGGGAAAACAUCUGGGACACAGUACAAACCAUAAUACCAUGGACAAAAGGCACCCGUCGACCAGGACUUAUAGUGAAGGCACUAAGAGUGAAAGCAGGGGAAACACAGCAAAAAAUGACAUUUUGUUCGCAAAGUAUCGACAACGUUCACCUUCAUCCAUCCCAAGAGAAGACAUUUGUGAGGUGUGAAGAUCGCUUUCAGAGACAAAACUGAAAAUGAGCAGGAACACAAAAAGGAAACUACUCACCAAAAUAUUUAAAAUACUGUAUACCUGGGAAAAUGGUUUAAAAACCAGUUACAUUAAAUAUCCUAGUAGGUUCAGAGUAGUGAAGAAAAUACAUUAAAAUAUUUAGAUUUUGUGAUGCAACUGUGCUUUGUUCAUCAAUGAGCCUACUCUGAAAAUGAUUAAUGAGCAACUUCAUCAAGGCAACAGUCAAUUUUAAACUGUUUAAAAUCUGAAAAAAAAACACCUGCUCACCAGAAAUAAGAGUAUUGCUAUUUGAAAGAAUCAUUGCAAUAAACCUUUGAAAAACUCCAUUUUGUUGGAUUUAAGGGGAAAAAAAAAGUCUCAAAAGGAGCAUUUUCCAUUAAAUACUUUGAAUGGAGCUACUAUCAGUUAAAACUUUCCUAAAUUAUUUCCUAAUGAAGGAGGAGUUAAAUAGUUCAUAAAAGAAGAUACUCCAAAAUAGGUAACAAAAUGCAUCUCAACCUACAGAAUGCUUGAGCUUUCAUAACCAUAUGACAAGCCCUGUAACUGUAUGACCUAAAAAUUCUAUACUAAACUUUGCUCUACUUGAAAGUGCUUUGCUGUUUAACUACUUUAAUUAAAGAACUGAUUUAAAUUACUAGCAGUUUAAUAAUUUUAAUGAUGCUUAGUAUACCACACAAAAUUUUAGCACAACUAAUUUCAGUUAAUUUCUGCAUUUAAAUCAUACUCACCUGUUCAGGUAAGGUCUGAGAUUUUUAGAUUCUAAAUCACUGUAUACCAGAUUUUAGCAUAACUCGAAACGACCACAAUAAAUGAAAAUGUUAAAAUCCUCAAAUAGCUUCAGAGCAUAUAAACAAACUUUAUCGAGUCAAACAUAUACAAUUCCCUUGUUUCCUAUGUCAGAAUACAAACUACAAAAAGAAACAUUAUUGUCUCAGAUUGGUUUUAUUCCCAGGUUAGUACAUACUGAAAUGAAAAUCAAUAUGUAUGUAUUUCACUUGUCCCUUUGUAAUGCUAAACACAAGAUUCAUUAAAAUUAUGUUUCUACAA